GUCGACGUCACUGCCACCAUGUUGGAUCAGGAAGUGGGUAGAGCCGAAGCAGGAAUCCCGAGCUGAGCUUAACGUCAACGGCAGUGUUUACUCGAUCGGUCGACCGUUUCACCGUUCUCACCUUUAACAUUCAAGUUACAUGCUGCGUGGCUUUCUGGCUGGUCGAGGUAGGCGCUUUUCUUCGGAUUUGAUCGUUUUGCAGCACCAGCUAUGGCCUCGACUGUCACGCAGAGAACCUCGGGCCUCGUCCAGCGGAGGACCGAGGCCAUUCGCAGCGCCGCCGUCGACAGGGAGUCCGGCGGAGAGGAGGACGAGGCACGCCGCGAGGAGGAGGAGGACGACGACAAGGGGGACUCGAAGGAAACCAGGCUCACACUGAUGGAGGAGGUGUUGCUCUUGGGCCUCAAGGAUCGAGAGGGCUACACGUCUUUCUGGAACGACUGCAUCUCCUCCGGUCUUCGCGGGUGUAUGCUGGUCGAGCUGGCCCUCAGAGGAAGGUUACAGCUGGAGGCCUGCGGUGUGAGGAGGAAAAGCCUGCUCUCGAGGAAGGUGAUCUGCAAGUCAGAUGCCCCAACAGGAGAUGUGCUACUGGACGAGGCUUUGAAGCACAUUAAAGAAACCCAGCCUCCAGAGACUGUCCAGAGCUGGAUAGAGCUGCUGAGUGGAGAAACCUGGAAUCCCCUGAAGCUGCACUACCAGCUGAGAAAUGUUAGAGAACGUCUGGCAAAAAACCUGGUAGAGAAAGGUGUCCUCACCACAGAGAAACAGAACUUCUUGCUUUUUGACAUGACCACACAUCCGCUCACAAACAGCACCAUAAAACAGCGCCUCGUUAAGAAGGUCCAGGAGUCCGUUUUGGAGAAGUGGGUCAACGAUCCCCACCGCAUGGACAAGCGAGUGCUGGCCCUGAUCCUUCUGGCCCACUCAUCCGACGUUCUUGAGAAUGCCUUCGCCCCACUCCAAGACGACCAGUACGACCUGGGCAUGAAGAGAGUCCACACCCUGCUGGAGCUGGAGCCGGAGAAAGAGAGCACAAAGCCCAACGUCAACGAACUUAUGUGGGCUGUUGUGGCUGCAUUUACUAAAUGAAAACACCUGUACGAUGGACUGGAAGAUCUGGCUAUGGUCUGUGUUAUUUAAUUGGUUGAAGGACUUCACUUAUUGAGACAGACUUCACUUAAAUGAGACAAUCUUUUUUUGGUUGGGGAGCCUGUUUGAACAUCUAUUCCGGAUGACAUUUUUGGUGGCAGUCCAUAUUAACCCAUUGCAGUCUAAUUGGUGGUGGGCUUCACCAAGUAACAUUUGGUUGGUUGGAACAGUCUCUUAAUGAAAAAAGACUGGCUGCUUUCACACAGUGAGGUAUAUUAUCUGCUGCUGCGAGGCUGGAUAUUCUUGUCAACACUACGAACAGAUGGGUUUCUGUUAAUGUUAGAUGACAUCAGAACAGAGCAGGUAGCAGCAGUAGUCAUGGUGAAUAUGAAGAUUUUGACUGGGGCCAAGUUUACCUUCUUCACUAUGGAAACAUCAUCUCUACAUUACCACAAGAUCGGGCCAGAAUCAAAUCCUGGUCUCGUCUCCAUACUCUCCCACAUGCUUAUGCAAGGAUAAAGGAUAGCAAGUCACACUGCUACUGAUGCUCUUUGCACCCAUGCAGGUCUACUGCUUCCCCCUAUUCAUUCCCUCUUGUGGUGGGAGUACAUGCUUUAGGGUUACUGUUAGAAUAGACUACCUGAACGUUUUACUGAGUCACUUUGUCUUCUCAUUCAAUUUCAUAAAAUGUCCUGCUUUCUUCGUCAUUACAUUUUGAGGAACAAUGGAGGACACAAACACUUGAUCGCCUGCAUAAUUACGAGUGAGCUGGGUAAUUUGGCCCUCAUAGCUUCUGACCUAAAUGAAGAAUUAAACCUUGAGUCUAAUUAAACUCUAUAUUUUUAGUUGCAAUGGGUCCAUUCUGUGUUCAUAGAAUGAGACUAGUCUUCCAUUUCUAUUUAUGUUGCUAAUCAAUGCUUGGAGUAGCCUGCCAUUUAUCAACUAUUUUGCACAGUCAAUAGCCAUGUAGGUAGGAUCGUACUUUUAGGGAUCUUUCUUGGGUUGAGUAACACACUUGAUGAGAUUGAAGAUUAUGAACCUUAGCAUCUAUGGUUAAAAAAACUCACUUGUUUUGUAUAUGACUAUUGAUCUUUACGAAUACUUUAAAAUCAUUCCUCUGGACAUGUAAAAAACAUCUACUCAUAUUUUUAAGUAUGAAUUGAGAUAUAAAAAUAAAUCCGUUGUGAUUUGGAUCGCUGUGAGCAGCCUACGCAAGAUUUACUAUAGAUCAUCCCCAUUUGCUUAUACAAAUAGGGUGGGAAAUGUUAGCCAAAGGGGCUAGUUUAGUUUAGUUUAGUUUAUUCUCGUUUAUUCUCACUUGACACUAGUGGUAUCUAGUCAUGGAGGUAAUUUUGGUUUUAUUUAGGUUCUGAAAUAUGUCCCAGAGAUAUUUGCCCCGGUCUUAAUACAAUGAGGGUAAAUGGCAUUUCCUUUUAAGAUGGUCAUCAGCAGUAAAAAUUCAGAAGCAUCAUCUCUUUCUGGAGUUUCCCACUAAUCUACAAUCUUGACUGUAAACUGUUUUUCUUAGAACUACUUUACAUGAAAGAGAUUGCCCCUAUGAAAUCUGAUAACCGCAUGAUCUGAGGAUUCUCUACAUACCAACAGAAGUAAUGAGACAAUGUGUUAUGUAAUUUAGGGGAACCGACUUAAAAGUUUCGAUCUUAUACAUUGUAUCUCUCAGUUUGUAUGUUAUGUCAUAAUUAGGUGUUAUUUCUAUCUGAUAGGCCCAUGCGGGGCAUGUUUAUAUUUUUUUCCUACAUGCAGAUGAUGGGUAGGUUACUUGGACCCCCAGAUGAAUCGUUGUUAAAGACUGAAACUUUUCAACAACAUUCAAUCUAUUGGAACAAAAACUGUCUCCAGUCAUGAUUCAGUGCAGAUCUGGGAACGCUUCAAUAUAAAUGGACGACUGUAAACAUUCUGGUCUAAUGAUUGUGAUCUGUGUGUGAAGUUACAUCACCUAUUGUUUCAUGGCAUACUUCUAGUUCUGUCUUCUUUUUUUCUACCAACAAAAUACCAAUAGGUAUGAAGAACUUUAGAGAUUUGUUUAGAGCAAAGAGACCAUGCAUGCUAUUGGUGGAGGGCUGGGGUACUUGUGGAUGUAGCUAAAGAGAAAAGGCUUGUAUGUAAUUAGUCAUUUUACGUGUAUGAUCUAAUGGAAUUCAAUGAAAGGGAUCUUCUCUCCUAUCCUCUAUAAUUCUGUAUGCUUUUGUAUUACCACACAAAAUAAAGUAAGGAUCCUUUAAGUGCCUGAAUUUA